AUGACGAAUGAACAACAGGCCCUGGCCGAGAUGCCGAUCUGGUUAGUGAUUGUCCUCGCCCUGGUGGGCGGUGUGUCCGGUGAGAUGUGGCGCGCAGACAAGGAAGGGGCACGUGGCUGGGCACUGGUUCGACGGUUGGCCCUUCGGUCGGGUGCCUGUGUUGUGUGCGGCGUGUCGGCGAUCAUGCUGCUUUACGCGGCGGGCAUGUCUAUUUGGACAUCAGGCGCGUUGGGAUGCCUUACGGCGAUGGCAGGUGCUGACGUUGCCAUUGGGCUGUACGAGCGGUGGGCAGCCAAGCGGCUGGGCCUGAGUGAGUCAGCAGCGGUAAACGGUGAUGUAGGGCGU